AAAAUUAAAUUAACGAUUAAAAGCAGAAUUUUAAUAUAAUUUAGCUUAAAACAAUUAUUUAUUUUAAAAAAUCUGAGUUAUGUGAGCUUUUAUUAAUAAGAAUUAAAAGGUUUUCUCUCUUCUACAGGUUUUGUAUGGUUUUCUUUUGUCUUGUGCUCAGUGUAUUUUCUACAAUAAGCGAAUACGAACAGAUCUCUAGUGAUAUCUUAUUGAGAAUGGAAAUACUUAUGGUAGUGUGGUUCACAUUAGAAUUUUUCCUACGCCUUUGGUCGGCUGGUUGUCGAUCUCGUUAUCAAGGUUGGAUAGGACGUUUAAGAUUCCUUCAUAGCCCCUUCUGUAUCAUAGAUAUAAUUGUGAUUAUCGCAUCGAUUAUUGUCUUGGCCGUCGGGAGUAGUGGCCAAGUGUUCGCUGCUUCGGCUUUACGUGGCUUAAGGUUCUUCCAGAUUCUAAGGAUGGUGAGAAUGGACAGACGAGGAGGAACAUGGAAGUUGCUAGGUUCCGUAGUUUAUGCCCAUAGGCAGGAACUAAUUACUACGCUUUAUAUUGGCUUCCUGGGAUUGAUUUUUUCGUCAUUUUUAGUUUUUCUUGCCGAAAAAGAUGCAGAAAAUUCCAAAUAUAAAAAUUUUGCCGAUGCAUUAUGGUGGGGUGUGAUUACACUCUGUACUGUCGGGUACGGUGAUACCGUACCCAUCACGUGGCCUGGUAAAUUAAUAGCUGCCUUUUGUGCCCUUUUGGGCAUAUCUUUCUUCGCUCUGCCAGCCGGAAUAUUGGGAUCGGGUUUUGCACUAAAAGUGCAGCAGCAGCAACGUCAGAAGCAUAUGAUUAGGCGAAGGGUUCCGGCAGCAACUCUAAUUCAAUGCUUAUGGAGGUGUUAUGCAGCCGAUGAAAAUUCCAUGUCAGUAGCUACAUGGAAAAUUCAUCAGUUACCCCUUCCAAGUCCACCCGCUUAUACGACUUCUUCCUUUACAAGCACUAAACGCAGAGAUAGGCUGGAUCUACCACCCGGAGGGGGAAGUCUUUUCAAGCACAAUACUUCCUUCGUCAGUCGCCUAUCCACCAUUAGGAGACACAAGCAACCUAUGGCAACUCAUACACAUUCCCCCAUGCCCAGAAGUCGGUUCGGUGAUUCCAAUUCUUCCACAGACAACCUGGGUUCCCGUAUCCCAGCUAGCUACAGCGAAGACAGCGUGUCCAAAGAUGUCUCUGAUGCUUCCAAGCGCAACUCGGAUGGAUCUAGGAGAGGCAGUUUCUGUAGCAGUUUCUUUCUCAGAGCACGUAGAGAAAGUCCACCUUUUGAUGAAGAAGCUGAAGAGCCACAUCUUACAGUACUUACAAAACAACAUAAAAAUGCUAUAAGAGCACUUAGAAAGAUAAAAUAUUUUGUGGCUAGAAGAAAAUUCAAAGAGGCCUUAAAACCUUACGACGUCAAAGAUGUUAUAGAACAAUACUCAGCUGGACACGUGGAUCUUUUAAGCAGAGUGAAGAACGUUCAAUCCAGAUUGGAUCAAAUUUUAGGAAAAGCGGGAUCUAAAGCGAAGGAUGUUUACGAAUCGAAAAUUAGCUUAGCUUCGAGGAUCGUAAAAGUUGAAAGAAGUGUGGAAGACAUAGAAACAAAACUGGAUCAAUUUAUGGAAAUGUACAUAGAAGACCGUAGUCGAUUAUUAGCUUCUCAACCGGUACCAAAUCCUCCAAUUCAUCAUUAUCAGCAAUCUCUCGCCCCAACUAGUAGUCCCAUUGCGACCGCAUCUUCUAGUUCCGCUAUAAUGCCUAAACCCAAAUCCAUAUUGGUAGAUAAACAAGCCAGUGAGCCAAACACGCCCGUAGCCAAAAGCUUCGAACGUACCAUCCAUCGAGGUAACUCGGAUCUGGGACAAAGACUUAAGAAGAAAGUAACCGUGAGGCAUUCUCUAGAAGCUAGUUUCAAUUCUACAAUUGAACAAUCUGAGGUGACUACACCCAGCAUCAGAAUUGAUGCGGAAACUGGAGGUGAAUCAAAAGUCUCUUUCUUCUCUUCUGGUGAUUCUGUUAACGUCGAAAUCUCAGAAACUAGUACUCUAGGAACCGAAGUUGAAUCUCUAGGAGACGGUGAACAGAUUUCUGAAAAUACAGAAUUAUUAAGGAAGCAAUCUGACUGUGAUGUGAAAUCGGUGCUGACGGAUUCGGACGUAAUUUUACGUACAAAUGACUUGAAAGUUUAACAGCAAAUGCUCCACAUUCCAUCCAUAUCAUCUAGUCUUUAACUCAGGUAAUAAAAAACAGCCCAUUUCUCAAUCUAGGAAAGAUUUUUCUUUCCAUUUCUAGAAUACUAUAAUAUCAAGCACUCGGAUCUACAACAGGAUCCAGCCAUUUACGAGACGAACGAAGUGACCAUAGAUGGUGGCUUCCAUAGCCUUUCAAUGCACAGAUAGAGAUUAGAAUAACGACCAAAUUUUUUAAGAUGGUGCGAGUCUACAUUAGCUAGAUGACAAAUUCUUCCAUUCCACAUAUAAACUGAGAAUAAGAAUUUUAGUCUUCGAUCAUUGUAUAAUACAAGCUUUUUUUUUUGCUACAUUGCACAUAAUUACCAUCUUUGAUGCACAAGAAAACAGAAUGUAGAGAAUGAGAUCAUGUAUAUAUAAUUAGCAUCUUGUUCUACAUCAUUAUGAUAUUCAAAAAUGGGAUUAUUGAGCUAAAAGAAAAAUGGCAAUAACUCCAAAUUACCGAAUGAGAAGGAUGUUUACAGUUUGGUCUAAAUUAGCUCAAAAGUCCAAGAAUUUUUUUAAACAUCGCUUAACAAAACAAGAUUUACUUUCACUUAAAAAAGCAGCACGUCGCCAUUAAGGAUGACAUUUCUACUAUUUAUCUAUCUGUAUCUCUUUUUCUCGCUCUCUUCACGCCUUCUUUUAGCCCAAAACAACGAGCUAUUCAUUAACGAAAAGAUAAAAGCCUUCAUCAUGUGACUUCCUAUUAACUACUAGGUGAUUAAGAAAUGAUCUAUUUUCGCCACAAAAAUAUUAUCGAAUAGAUUUUUGAAUGCACGUAGAAUUUGGGAUGUAAGUUAUAAAUUACGAACGAAAGUAAUGUCACUUCAUUUCCUUAGGUGUACUCGUUCUAUCAGAAUAAUGUACACUAUUACAUCAAUUUGACGUCAUUCUUACAGUUCUCUUGAGGUAAUGACGCCAGUUAACGUUAAAGUGACGUAAAAGUGUAUACUAUUUAGACAAAACGAUACUAUUCGUUCUAUCCGAAUAAUGUACUCUAUUGCAUCAAUUUGACGUCAUUCUUACAACUUUAUUGAGCUAAUGACGUCAGUGUACACUUAACAUAAUGUGACGUAAGAGUGUACACUAUUUAGACAAAACGACACUAUUUGUUCUAUCCGAAUAAUGUACUCUAUUACAUCAAUUUGACGUCAUUCAUACAAUUUUCUUGAGAUAGUGACGUCAGUUUGACGUAAAAGUGUACACUAUUUAGACAAAACGACACUUCUUAUAUGUUUUUAAGUACAGAUUGCUAUUCCAUCUAGUGUGAUCAACUUCUGAAUUUUAUCAACAUCAGAAAACACUUUCAUUCUUAAAAGUACAUAAUUCUUAUUUAAUAAAGUUUCUUGUAUUUAUUUGUAAAUAUUUACAUAAAAAAUUUGACUGUUUAGUUUCUCAGAGGUGCUGAAGUAAACGUUUGUCUUGUGUUUUGUUUAUUUGAGGUAAACGGGAUUCAAAUGUACAAAUAAAAAUAAUAAACUUGGUGAUGAGAA